GUCUCCACCUCACCAAUCCAACCUUUGGGUAGCUUAAAUCAGACCGGGAGCAUUUAAAUUACAAGACGCAUCAAGAAUCAGGAAUACGCGUCCACCCCACGUGACAAGCACAUUGGCAGGUGUUACCCUUCUUUUUCUCGCGAUUUUUAUUUGCCGUAUUAUUGCUAUAUAUAACCCACAGUAGUACAUACUUCAUUGAAAGGAAACAGGUGAUAUUCUAUAUUUUCCAUGGCUUCUUUCUCUAAAAAUCCAUACCUUCAAACUUCUGGCCCUAGGGAUCCUGGCAAAGAAGCGCAUGAACCAGAGGAAAUGAGUGCUCUGCAAAAGCAUGUCGGCUUCUUCGACAGGAAUAACGAUGGCAUCGUUUAUCCAUGGGAGACUUUAAAAGGGUUUCGUGCGAUCGGGGCUGGCCUGCUUCUGUCUUCAGUGAGCGCUUUAUUCAUCAAUGGUGGUCUCAGUUACAAAACCCUUCCUGGAAAAAUUCCAUCUCCUCUGCUUCCAAUCUACAUCAAGAACAUACACAAGGGCAAGCAUCCGAGCGACUCUGGUGUCUACGAUAAAGAGGGAAGAUUCGUGGAGUCAAAAUUCGAGGAAAUUUUCAGAAAAUAUGCCUUGACGCACCCUGACGCCUUGACAUACGACGAGCUCGGAGCCAUGCUCAAGGGAAACCGCGAACCCAACGAUACUGCUGGAUGGAUUGCUGCCCAAACCGAAUGGAAAACAUUGUAUAACUUGUGCAAGGAUGAGAGGGGUCUUCUUCCUAAAGAAACCAUAAGAAGUGUUUAUGAUGGCGGCCUUUUCCAUCGCAUGGAGAAGCAGAGAGCAUCCAAAGUUAAAAAAUGAAAAAAGAAACAAAGAGAAACUUUUUUAAGGAACCUGCUUCUUGCUUCAUUACGCUUCUUAUUUAUUGUUUCUUGACGUUGCCGUUUCUCCACUACACGUUUAUACGAUUCCAUUCCAUAUUCGUUGCUUGUUAAGUUGUUCAUGUGUUGGCAUGGAAUGUAUGUGAUUUGAUGCAAAGUCAGUGUGGAUUUCUAUAAUUUAUGGAAUUAUUUUGAUUUGUAAA